CAGAUGGCGGCGCUGCAGUAGCCGGCGAAUUGGAUUUUUGUGUGCGCGGUGUGAAGGAAAACGCUCCAAUUUCCACUGAAUAAUGUCUAAAAUGCCGGAAGAAGUGAAUGAAGUGCUGCAGCAGAUGUCGAAGAUCAUCUCCAUGAUUGAGGACACUGCUUCGGAGAUGACUCCGAAAAACCUGAAAAUGAUUCAAGUUGUCUUGACGGUGCUGAAUAAGAAGAUGCGCAACCACUUUGGCCCCUUCAAGGCGCCUCUGGGCAGGAUCGUGAAGGAGAUUGUGCGACUGUGUCGCAACAGCAGCGACGAGAUGAACGUGAAAGUCUUGAGCGCUGUGCUGAGUUCGCUUGUCCGGAUCUUCCUGAAGUGCCAGGACAACUGGGUCACCGGCAGGAUGAUCCUUCUCGUGCUCAACACUCUGCUGGACCUCAUUCCGCGCAAUGCUGUGAUGAAUCUCGUGAUGAAGCACUCAGAAGAGCUAGCUUCCCUGAGCUGGAGUCUCUCGUACGCUGGCGAGUACCGCAAUCAGCGCGUUGUCAUGCUGUUCUUGUACCGCUGCCUGGACGGCAUGGAUCAGUCGCAGAAGACGAUUCUGACCAAAGUCUUCUUUCCUGACGCCGAACUCGAUUACUUCCGCCGCGUGUUUAUGUCCCUGAAGCCCGCCAAUGUGGAGCCUGGCAUUCGAGCCUGUCUCAAUGAGUUCAACGAUCUGCUGGUCGAUCGCGAGAUUGUCUCGUUUGCCGUCAGUGAGCUGCAAUUGGGAAAAAUUAAGUGUUCACCGCGAAAGGGAGAGUCAAUUUGGAUCAAUUUCAACAGAUUCCCCUUCAACAUCUCCAUCUACUGCAGUUCGCUGCUGUUCUUCGAUGGCAACGAGGAGAAAUUGAUGAUGGUUUUCAUUCCUGUGAAGACAAUCAAGAGCUUCGUCACGGGCAGAAUGAACUUCGAGGAGGAACUCAGGAUUGUGGCCAAGGAGAAUUUCACAUUUGUGGACGUUGAGGCGAACAAAUCCGACAAUUUUCUCGAAAUCAACGAACUCAGGUGCACUUUCUUCGUGCCAGAGAGAAACAAAGACAACGGCAAUGAGACGCUGAAGAAGAUUCAGAGAAUUGUGAUGAAGGCAAAUGGCGAAUUGAAGCAGAAUCGUGUGAAGAAAAUCAACAAGACGAUCGAAAAGAUGGAUUUCUUGAGCAUUCAGUCGGCCAAGCGGGUGUCAUUUGAUGCAAAAACACAGCCUCUCCCCGUCAAAUCAUCUCUUUCGCCGCUUCUCUUCACGCCCAAAGAACUCUCACCGAUUCUGUAUGAAUCGCGUGUUGAGAAGACGCACUUUGAGGAGUCGAUGGACGAUUCUCGGGACACAAUUUGUUCAAAAUUGCCGUUCAGAGGAUUUCUCAAUUCGCCCGAGAGAAGCGACAGCUUUGAUGUGAUUGAAGAGUGUCCAGAGAGUCCACAGAAAUGUCCACCGCAGAUCGAAGUGAGCGUUCAGACGGAAGUUUCGCGUCCAAUCAAGAGCCCGAAGGCUUCUCUGUCGGUUCGCAGGAAGAUGACGCCCGAGGAAAUUCGUCGAGAGGGUGAAGAGCGACGAAAGAGUCUCUCGAGACACCUGGAAAUCAUCAAGAGGCUCAACACGUCCGCCAAGACGCCCAAGAAGAGAGCGCCGAGGAAGAUGAGAGUCAGAAAGGCGACACCGAGGAAGGCGAAGGCUAAGAAAACGGAGAACAGCAAGUGGCGCGCUAAGAAACUGCCGCUGAAGACUCUGCCUAUCACGGUGGGGAAGAGAAGCGCCAGGAUGAAGGAGAUUUGCUACCUGGAGAGCGAUGAGAGUGACUGUGAAGAGAUGCUCACGAAGAAGCGUCUUGCUAAGGAUGAUGAUGAUGAUGUGUUUGAGAUUCCUGAGGCGAAGAAGACGAAGAAGGAUGAAGAUUCUCUUGAUGAGGAUGUCAGUUUUGAGAAGAAAAAUCCGUCUGUGGAUGCGUUUUCCCAAAAGACAACCACAGAAGUCAUUCCGAUGGUGAUUUCUGAUGAGGAAGAUGAUGAGAAAACUGCCAGUUUCGAAAUGUUUAAGCUUCCUGAUGACACAGAACAGGAGGAAGAAGAAGUUGUCGAUGUUUCCAGCAGUAUUUCUAAGACGGAGGAGAAGAGCAAUGCUUCAAAGACUGUGGAUGUGUUUGACUUUGCGCAGAGUAAGGAUGAAAUUCCUGACAUUUCCAAGGCCAUUGAUAAGUUCCUGAAGGAUGCGAAUAAGGAGAACACUGUCAGCUCGAGUGAUGAUGUCUUCAAUGCUGUUCGCGAUGAGACUCCCGUGCGUCCGGUGACGAAGAGGAAGCUGUUCAAUCCGCAGGAGCAGAAGGAAGUCAGCGUGCCGAAAGCGUACAAGUUCUUCAAGAGUCGCAAUGAUAAAACACCUUCGCCGGUCGUUGUUGUGGAUUCUGAAUUGAGUCAGGAGAGUGAGAAUGGUGACAUUGUGGCGAAGCGCUUCAGAAAGUUGCACAGGAACAUCGCCAAGGUGAAUGAGAAGGUGAAGAAGGAGCCAAAGGAGGAGGAAGAGAAGCUCAAGAAGAGGCGAAGCAAGAGUCUCACGGCGCCGCUGGUGAAGAGAUGUUUGGGUCAGAGCGUCGAGGCGGGCAUUGUGCUGGCCAAUAUCACGCCCAGGCGUAAGAGUAUCUACAUGAAGAGUGUGCAGUGUGAGAGGAACAACGUGACAGUGUCACGCACGACGCACUUUCAGGUGAUUAAGGAGGAGGCGAAUGUGUAAGUCAGACGAGAGAAGAAUUUCAAGUUUCCUUUUUAUCUUUAUUCAUAGCUUAAUUUGAAUUAAUUUCUUCACCUUUUCCGGGGGCGAAGCGAGAGAAUUGAAUUGAGUUUUGGUGAAGAGUUAUUAUUAAUGAUAAUUGUUUUUUUUUGGGGAACAAAACAAACAUUAAUAGUUUAUUGAAUUUUCUCAUAUUUACUCCUUGAAGAGUCACUCAAAGACUCAAGAAGUUUCCCUGAGAAAUUGGGAGGGGAAAAACAGUUCACAGUCACACAAAUGGACACACUUAGAACUCUUCUUGAUAUUCUGAAUUGUCGUUUCUGCUCGUGUUGAGCUGGGCAGGAACUGUAAUAGAGCAAAUAAACAAACCUCUGGAUUAUUAACCCCUUUUCCAAUCACAGUCGAUGUGAAGACGUGUCAAUUAAAUGCUGACAACUUAAUGCUCUUUCGCGAGUGUCUGGAAGAGAGAGAAACUCUCGCGGGUUGACAUUGGUUAUUAAUUUUGGGCUGUGCAAGAGAUGGUCUUUAUAAAUAGAUCACGUCGGAGUGACUUCCGGCGGGGAAUUUGUGUCAAAGACAAAGAGAGAGAAACAGCGAGAGAGAGAGAGAUAACCUUUUUGUUUAGAGACCCUCGUAAUUUGCGUUAAUUUGCUCUGCUGUGAGUGUGUUUAGAAGAGAAGAGGAAGACGCACAGAGAGAGAUGAUUGACCUGUAUUUUGAGGCUCUGCUUUUGGACUUUCGAUGGUCAAUUGUGUGUUGAUCGGGAAGGUGAAAGGAAAAAAUAGAUACUCAAGGGAGUGGAAAAUAUAUAAGAAAUUGAAUGAGAGGAAGCAAUAAAUGUCUCG